GCCGAUUUGACAAGAAGCAAAACCACAGAAUAGAGUACACGUCUUUCUGUUCACUUUGUUUCAUAAGCCAUUCAGGCGCUUCCUACCUCCUCCGUGCUCUUCUCUAUUUAUUUCACAGAUGUCACUGAGGUAGGUAACGUGGUUCAAUCCUGAAGAAUUUAAAGGAGGAAGGGAAGUCUUCUACAUGUGAAGAUAUUCCAUCCCUGAUAUGCACAAGAAAUGAAGACGUCACCUGGCAUGCUUGGAAUUGGGAAACUCUUUUGGGUGUUUGUCCUAAUCCCACAUCUGGCCAUCUGGAGUAUCAACGGGGAAAAAGCAUGUAAUGAACAAUUGUAUGUAAAGAGAUAUUCCGUACACACUGUCUCAGCAGGGAAUUCAUUUGCUCUGAAUUGCCCUGUGAAAUACUGUACUAACAGACCUAACGUGAGCUGGUGCAAGCUUGAAGAAAAAACCUGUCAACCUCUUGACUAUAAACGUCAGAAUUGGAAUGAAAAGGGGAAUAUUUCAGUGUUUAUUCUGCAUUUUAAUCCCCUGCUGCCUAGCGACACCGGGUCAUACCGCUGUUCUGCAGAUUUUCCAUCUGGACAUGUGGAAAGCCAUUCAGUAACCAUUAAUGUGACAGAAUGGACUCGAAAUAAUUCAGAACACCCUGUACUAACAUUGACUCACAUUUCAGAUACAACCAGUGCCUCAGGACCACCUUCCACAGAAGUGAUGGAGAACAAACAUUGGAUGCUUUAUAGUUUGCUUCCUUUGGGGGCAUUGCCUCUUCUCAUUACCUGUUUCUACCUAUUCUGCUGUCUUAGAAGGCACCAAGCAGAACAAAAGAAGCCUUCUGAUACAGCAGGAAGGGAAAUUAACGUGGUUGAUGUUCCCCAGCUCUUUAGGAAUGAGCAAUCUGAAGUGGGAACCAGGCAAAAUCCCCAAACACUGCCGUCAGGGACUAGUACUUAUGAUAAUGACCCUUGGCUUAGGGUCCAGGAAGAGACUGAAGUUUAUUCUAACCCAUGUCUGGAGGAAAACAAACAGAGCGUUGUUUAUGCCUCUCUGAACCAUUCUGUCAUUGGAAUAAAUGCAAGAGAAGCAAGGAAUGUGAAAGAAGCACCUACAGAAUAUGCAGCCAUAUGUGUGAGGAGUUAAACUCAACCCUGAUCUCCAACCAGUGAUCACUGAAUGAUCAGCAUGUCGACACCAUUAUCUGAGCCCAACAGAAUGUCAAAUAAUAUUCUUCGACCUGAGAAGUUUCACUUUAAGGAGGCUCAUGUUGGUGCUUAGGUCUUAAGGGUCCAUAGGACAAAUGACCAAAGUUCUCUCAGAAGUUCUGAGGGAACUUUUUUAUAUUAUAGCCUUGAACAACAACACAAAAACCCUUCCCUCCAAAACUGAGUGAUAUUGUGAGUAGCAGGGUAGUAGAACAUUUAAACUUAGCUACAUCUUACCCAAUGUACAAAGUUAAUAUAUUUUUUGAGGAUAAGAGACACAUGUAGGCAAGAGAGAUUUGUGUCAUCUGGAUCAGCUCACUACACUCUCUUGACAAAGAAUGUCCCAAUUUGACUAACACAACCAUCAACAAAGUAAUGAUAGUAUGUUUCUGGUUGUUCUUCCAUCAGGAGAAAAUUUCCUCUGUCCAUCUCAUGCUAGGGUUUCUUAAAUGUAAAGAAGAAAUCAUUUCAGACUUGAUAUAAGAAAAGAAUGGAAAGAACAGAUUGUGCAAUAAAGAUGUGGAAUACACCAACUAAUGUAGAGUAGAUGUUCCCCUUCCCUGACGGACAAAUGGUUUUAUCUACCCUGUUACACUGCUAAGCAAACAUAGGUAUUAAUGGAGUAAUUAAUGUGUGGUGCAUUUAUAAACAAGGUUGUGACUCAGUGUUUGGGUCACUUGGACUAAUGUAUAUAAAUGUGAUGUAAUGCUGCUGAAUUAAUAUAAUUGUGGGUGUCUAAAUAAACAUAAAAAUCAGUUAAAGUAAGUAUUCGUCAGGCAAGUGGAGAUAGAUAGCUUAAACUGCUUCAUGGUUGACCUGAUAGCACAAUUAAUGGAAUAGAGAAAAGUCUUGAAUAUUUAGUUGGCCAGUACAGGUCACCAAACUUUCAUUAAGCACAUCUGUAUCUUGCUGCUCUUCUUACUAAAGAGUCAGGGAACAUCAUACAUAACGAAGUGGUAUAGCUUCAUAACAAUUCAUUUUAAAAUAUUGUAGUUGCAGCCACUUGAGUACAGCAAGAAGAGGUGGUUUUAAAUUUUCUGAAUUUCCAGAGUACUUGAGUCUGAUUAUUUCAUAAAUAGCCUACAAAUUUAUUCGACAACUUGAGGCUAUUAGGAUUCUCAGGUGCUGCUACUACAUAAGGCAGUAGACCUCGUACAAAGUGGGCAGCAAAGGUUGGGAUCCAUUGGAACAAAUAUGUGAACUUCUGCACAAAUGAAUGUGGUGUGUGUAUGUGUGUGUGUGUGUGCAUGUGUGCGUGUAUUAGAAAGAAGACUAGGUGACUUACAGAAAUGGUAAGAAGAGAAACUGACAAAAUGGACAUUCCAUAUUGGUUUCCUAAAAAGUUCAAGAUACUAGAGCAAAUGGGUCAUUAAAGAAAAUAUAUGAAAAUAAUGUUUGAAAUGAUGGGGAUAAGAGUAUGAUAUCUCAUAGAAUUUCUCAAUGCCGUAAAGAUAAAACUGAGAUUUUUGUGGUGGGGCUUCUCUUCCGUAACAAUAGUGGCAUUAAGAUUUUGCCCCUUAGAUUGGGAUUAUGAGCAUUGGUUUAGAGUCAGUGUUAUCUCUCCAGUAUGAUAGUGCUGUCCCUGGAAUUUUGAGCAACUUGCUCUAGGUGGGCUCUUUCAGCCAAGCUGCAUUUUAUAGGCAACUACUUAAAAAGAUAUAUUAGAAUAACUGUUUGCGGUAUUCUUAAAUAUAGAAACAGGAAGUAUGGGAGGAUACGUUUAGCUGCCCUUAUCAGAUAAACACACAGCUAAAGAGUUCUUUCAUAAUUUUCUUGAAUUUAAGCAACAACAUAUUUCUGUCUAUUUUUUAGGAUAUUCUUAGCAUGUCUUAUAGUAAAGAUAAUGUUGGUAACGAUUUCAUCUCUACAAAUGAUAUAUUCUUACAUUUGUACCAUGCUGCCACAAUUCCAAAUCUUUUAUGUUUCUAUUGCUUAUUAAUAAAAGGUGUCAGAAUUAUAUCUGUACUUCUCAAAUAAAUAUAUUUCAGUAUUA